GUUCACGAACUCCGCAUCAGGUGACGACCACAAUCGCGGAAAUCUUCCCUGCUUGCACUUGCAGACAGACCUGCCGUCACUUGCUGUGAAGCUUGCUGAAUAAUGGCUCCAAAGAAAGUGCAGAGCAAGAAUAUUAAAAAGGUUUCGAGGAAAAUAACCAUUGAAUUGAAGAAGGAAAUAGUAGAAAAGCAUGAGCGUGGUAUCCGUGUGACUGAUCUGGCCUUUGAGUACAAGAUGGCGAAGUCGACAAUCUCAACUAUUUUAAAGAGUAAAGAUGCCAUCAAAGGAGCUGAUGUGAGGACUCAAGUGCUGGAAGAGGUGGAGAAACUUUUGUUAGUGUGGUUGAAUGAGAAACAGCUGGCAGGUGAUAGUGUUACUGAAGCUAUGAUCUGUGAAAAAGCCAGGAAAUUGCACAGUGAUUUACUGCAAAAAGAUCCCUCUACGAGUGCAGCAAGGGUUGAAUUUAAAGCCAGUAGAGGGUGGUUUGAUAAUUUCCGAAAGAGAAGUGGCCUCCACAGUGCGGUAAGACAUGGUGAGGCUUCCAGUUCUGACAAGGCCGCUGCAGAAGCCUUCAAGAAAGAAUUUGCGGAAUUCCUGAAAGCAGAAGGAUUUGUCGCUCAACAAGUGUUCAACUGCGAUGAAACAGGGCUCUUCUGGAAAAAGAUGCCGAACAGAACCUACAUCACACAGGAGGAAAUGGCACUGCCGGGGCACAAGCCCAUGAAGGACAGAUUGACCCUUUUGCUUUGUGCGAACGCAAGCGCCGAUCUGAAGAUUAAGCCACUACUGGUGUACCAUUCCCAGACCCCUCGUGCAUUCAAGGAACAGAAUGUGAACAAGGCCAGACUGCCUGUCAUGUGGAGGGCCAAUGCGAGGGCUUGGGUCACAAGGCAGUUGUUCAUGGAAUGGCUGUAUGAGGUGUUCGCACCCACCGUUAAGAAAUAUCUUUCUGACAACCAACUGCCUGAAAGGUGCCUCCUUCUGAUGGACAAUGUCCCGGCACACCCUCCAGCCUUGGUGGAUGAUAUGGACACUGAGUAUGACUUCAUAAAGGUCAAGUUCCUCCCCUCCCACAUGACCCCUCUUCUGAAGCCCAUGGACCAGCAAGUGACCUGCAACUUCAAGAAGCUGUACACAAAGGCGCUCUUCAGCAGGUGUUUUAAUGUCACUGAAGAGACGUCCUUGACUCUGGAAGAGUUCUGGAAGGAACAUUUCAAUGUCCUCCACUGCAUCAACUUCAUUGACAAAGCCUGGGAAGAUGUCACGUACUGGACCUUAAACUCAGCCUGGAGGAAACUGUGGCCAGAAUGUGUCACUGAAUGUGUCACUGAGUUCAACUUUGAAGGGUCUGACGCACAGAUAGUGGAGGAGAUUGUGUCCCUGGGCAAGAGUAUGGGUCUGGACGUCAAUGGUGCAGACAUAGAGGAGCUUAUUAAGGACCAUAAGGAGGAGCUGACGGCAGAAGAACUUGCUGAACUCCAGAGUGAGCAGCAGAAGGCACUUGCUGAGGAGCAUUCCACUGAGGAAGAGGAAGGCAGGGAGGUUAGCAGUGAUGUGAUACAAUCCAUUAUGAAAAAAUGGAAUGAGUGCCAGGAUUUCUUUGAGAAGCACCACCCCAACAUAACUGUAACAAACACAGUGUUGAAUCUGAUGAACGAUAACGUGGUCUCUCAUUUCUGGAGGGUCAUGCAGCGCAGGAAAAAACAAGUGGCUUCAGACAGAUUUUUUGCCAAAAUUGACCCUGCAGCUAAGAGACAGAAGAGAGGAAACCCCUGAAAGAGAUCUCCCCAGUGUCCUUAUGGAGGGGGACUCUCCUUCAAAACAACCUACCCCCAUCUAGGUUAGUGUUCUCUUAACAUACUGUACUUUGUUACUUUGUUGUUCUUUGUUACUUUCUUUCAAAUCUUGUGAUUAAAAAAAUAUUUACAGAAUGGAUUAACCUUAUUUACAUUGAACUUUAUGGGGAAAUGUGACUUGGUUCACGACCAAUUCUGGUUGCAACCAGAAUCGUGGAGUGGAUUAAGUUUGUGAACUGAGGUACCACUGUAUGGGUUUUUUUGGUUAUGGUAGCCUUUGCAAGGCAAAUUACUUUUUGUCAUUCAUGCAGGCACAGUGAGCACAUUCACACCUCAUGAAAAGCAACACCGUGUGGUUACUGUGGGUUGUGCGUCUUUACCUUGGUCUAACAGAUAGAUGAUCAAGUGGUUAUUACGUCCCAGCUAUUUAACACGUCACCUUGCUUAGUUCUACUGUUGGCCCAUAUUCCGUUGGUGUUUAUUCUCAAGAUAUUUUGCUCCUUGCCCCUUCCUGAUUGGUCUGUACAGUUCCUCGGGCUUUUCCUGUCCCCCUUAUCCUUUUUCCCCAUGCUCCUCAGCCAGAACAGCUUUUUAAUAAAUGGAUCUUUAUUAUUUAUUUAAUGGUUCAUAUGCCACUACAGUAGCCCAUAUCUGGGCUCUUUGCACAGCUCACAAUAUAAAACUACAUACAAUUUUAAAAUAAGUCACAUUAAAUCAACAUGUUCAAAACAUAAUAACAAAACAUAGUCCAAACAUUAAAAAAUGUGUAAAAUUACAAUUACAAAAUUACAAUUAAAUGAAGCAAUUUAAAAUAAAAUUGAAUAAAACCAACAUGGGUCAAUUUUGGAACUGGAUAGCCAUUAAAAUUCAUUGUUAAAAUAACUGGAGAAAAGGUGAGUCUGCCUGCUGCUGAAAUGCUAACAGCAUCGGUGCCAGGCACACCUCUCUGCCAAGCCUAUUCCAGAGAAGACCCUUCUAGGCAGUAUCCCUCUCACCUCUCUAGGGGAUGGCUCCCCAGGAAGGACUUCCUGGCUCAAUCUUAAGGAUAGGGACAUACAGGAGAAGAUGAUCCUUUAGGUACUCAGGACCCAAGCUGUUUAUAUGUAAGUACAAGCAUUUCAAAUCAGGCCCAGACUUCCACUGGUAGCCAUUGUAGUUGCUAUAGAACUGGUUUAAUAUGGACUUGCAGACUAGUCCUUGUCAACUUUCCCUUGGCCCUAUUUCGAACCAGCUGGAGUGUCUUCAAAGGCACCCCCAUGUAAAGAGCGUUACAAUACUCCAGUUGGGAUGUUACCAGGGUUUGUGUGAUUGUGGCUAGGCUUUGUCUGUGGAAAGAUGGCCAUAAUGGGUAUAUUAGCUGCAGUUGGAGGAAGGUGCUGCUGGCCACCACAUGGGCUCAGGUGGGAGUUUUGGAUCCAGGAUCACCCCCAAAUUGCAGACCUUGUGCUUUAGUGGGAGCAGGACCCCAGCCAGGACAGGGCAGAGGCAUUCAACCCAUCCAAGUGACCCCCAACCAACAGUACUUCUGUCUUGUCUGGAUUGAGUCUCAGUUUAUUGGUCUUCAUCCAGGCCAUUAUGGAGCUCGGGCACCAGGUUCAGAUCACACACCUUCCCAUAGAAAUAAUCUUUCCCUGCUGUGAUUAUUGUCUACAUUGAAGCAUCCUUACCCACAUCCCCUCUUAUCCUAGCCGUUCGUUCUUCAUGGAAGAUCUACUGAGGUGUGACUUCAUGGAGGCACCACAGACGUAUCAAAUAAGACUUUACUUCUCCAUGCAUUUAUGCCCUCAGAUAGCCUGUGUGUGGACAUACUUUACCCUCCGUCUUGCACACCAGUAUUCACUUGUUUUUUAUGAAUAUUCUUCCCACACCUUAAUAAUAAGGCAUGGAAGCAUCUCUCUUUUUCAGUGCACCAGACAUUCAUUCUCAUUCCCAGAGAUGGCACAUUCUGGAAUCCAUCCAUAUUGGCUUAUAUCUACCUGUCCUCCUUUUAGCAUCUAAACUGCCCUGGAGUUCUAUUUUCUGUCCCUCAUGCAUUUCCUGUUUCACUGAUAAUACAUUUCUUGUACAUUACUAUCAAUUUAUAUCCCACCCUUUAUUCCUUUUGUGAGAACUCAAGGUAACCUACACAAUUCUCUUCUAGUUUAUUUGUUAUCCUCAGAAGAACAGCAACAUCCUUGUGAGUAGAUUAGACUGAGAUUGAGUGACUGCCUCAUAGUCACCAGUGACCUUCAGGGCUAAGCGAGGACUGGAACCUAAUAUUCCCAGUCCAAUACUGUAAACAUGCCAUGCCAGCUCUCCCUUUCACCCAUACCUGCUUUGUAUGUCUUCCCUAUAGACUUCAUUUCCCUCAUUCUUCAGUGCUCAAUCCCACACGCUGGCUUCUCUUACCCUUCACCUGUUCUUGUCCCUUCUCAUCCCUUUGGAGGAGCAUGAAGGGCAGCCUUCCUUUCCCCUCCCUUUCCUGAAAAUACCCAUAGGUUUCAGAUGUCAUAAGAAACCAUAGUAGUAAGCAGGAACCAUAGGAGGGGAAUGGUUCUUUAUAGUUUCUAAAGGCUAAAUGUGCCAUGCUGAAAUACCACAACUGGGUUCAGAUGACAUCACAACGUAAGAAACUCGCUGUAGCUUGUUGUGUUGCAUGAACCCAGUCAGUAGUUCUAUUUAGGUGUCAUGAACGGCCAUGGCUUACCAUGACAACAGGCCACUCUCCCUCUUGACUCAUGCAAUCCCCUCUUCCCCUUCUAAUACAGUCACAAGGAGAAGAAGGACAUGUUUCAGAAUAACCACAGUUGAGUAUGUCAUCUAAACCAUACACCAAGCUUAACUGUAAUGAUAGUUUGGUAGAAACUACCCGGUGCCACACCCAUAGUUCGUAGUUGUGUUUCAGACAAGCUUGUUAGGAAUAACCACAGUUUGCUGGAUCAGGAUGACAUGACAAACAGCAUCUAAUAAAAACUAGAAGUGUGUCCGGCAUAUGUGUUGGUGAGUGUGUGAGCCUGCAACCACGAUAAACCAUAGUUUAUGAUGACAUCCAAAUGCAGGCAGUGUGAACAUGAAUAACCGUGAAUGCAUGUAUAUAUAUAUUUAAAAAUCCAGCUUUAGCACAUUCUUAAUUGCUAGGAAACUGAUACUGCCCUGUAUCCUUGAGUGGUAUCACAUUUUUUUUUCAUUACGUAAGCAUUCCCAUUUUCCUUGGCUGUUCAGUUUCAUGGUCAUGUAGUUCAAGUGAAGUGUUUGAAGCACAUGCAAGACACGGUUCUGUGCAGGCUUAGAAGAAAAGCCAACAACUCCAUUGGGUUGUGCCCUUUAGCAGUGUAUAAAGUCUUAUCAUUGUGCUGUUUCACUAGGCUGAUUGUUCAUUUCUAGAACUUCUAAGAGAAGUUUAAAUUUUGUUUUUAUCCCUGUAAGGUUCUAAUUUAGUAACAGUUUAGGCAUGUUUAAUGCUAAGAGUUUUCCGCUCAGAGGUUUUUGUGUUUGCCACUAGCAAGUGGAGGCUUUGUGAAGACAAUCAUUUUUCUAAAUAGUCAAGUCUUUAAUGCUGUGCAGUUGGAAACACAUUGGUUUUUAGUACAUUUUUAUUCCAGUCACCUGGAAAUAAUUCUAAGUCAAAUAUUUUGGUACUAUAGUAGUAUAUUCAGAAGAUAUUUUCUGGUGGUUAACCCGCAUAAAUAUAAUUUCAGUAUUACUGUGGGAUUGCUCACUGGCCGGAGAGAUCCUAUGAGACCUAGACAGUGGCCAUGGAAUCAUUCAGAUUCCCAGGUAUGAGGUCAGGACAGAAACUGGGAUCCAUGCUUGGACCUCCUGCCCACCUCACAGCUGGCAUGAAAAGAACAGCAGUGGCUACGUCUCUGAGACCAUCAGAGCAAACCUGGAGAAGGGCUGAGAGAGGGAAGAAGCUUGGCGCUCCAGCCAUCUUCCCAUCCCAAGGGCCCCAGUUUGACAACUGAAAUCAACCAUCGAGCUCACCUGCAGGGUGGGAAGAAUGGGGUGAUGAAGAUAGAGUCUGUACUUCUCUCACCCUGCCAAGGAUGCCUGUAAGUCUCCGAAUUCAGGGGCUGGUGGGCAUUGAAUUGGGCAUUACAUAAUUAAAAUUAAUUAUAGGUAUUUUACACUGACAGCGCAAACCCAUUUUUGAGUAACGGUAUAUUAGCAAUAACGGUGGAACUUUCAGACUCCAUUAGAGCAUGGAAGCUGCCACAACAAUAUGCUGGGCUGAAAACAAGGGAAUAGCUUCAGGGAAAAGAGUUUUACUUUUUUGCCAUAUACAGGAUACUUUAAAGCUGUGACAGACUUGCAGUCUUAGAGGUACUGCAAAUUCAAAAUUAUCAGUCAGUGGGAAAAGCUAAAGAAUAAAAUAGUUUGACAAAUGCUGUUUCAGGCAAAAUUAAUCAAGUGCCUUCAGUAGGGUUUGAAGACUUACAUGAUCAUGCGUUCAUAUAUUUUGACGGGGUUCUGUGUAAAUUUAUAAUGCUAGAAGAAUGUUGAUAUAAAAAGCUAUUGCCUUUUAAAGAAAUUGUUUAUUUUGUUUACAUACAGCACUUAUAUUUACUUCAGGCAAUACUGAGCCUUCAUUAAGAGCUGAUUAUUAAAUGAUCUGUAUUUUGUUAGAAGACUGCAACAUGCUGUAAUUUUUAAUGGAUACACCAAACAGUUUAUGUACUCUUACAAAACAAGAGAAGGGCAAGAGAAGCUUGAUCCAACUUAAUCAUGCUUAGAAUCGAGAUAUUGAGUAGACUUACUGAAAUAAAUGAGACAUUGACUUGAUCCACUUUCAGUGUUUUAAGUAUGAGUAAGGCAGGAUCGAACUCUGUAUAUAGUUUAAAAUAGAUAGAAAAUCUUGCUCGGAUUCAGGAUCUGCUUGGAUAAUGAGGGUUCUUGUGGGAGGCUUCUCUGCUAUUUCUGCCCUGUUGCUCUGGUUUGCCUUUCACUUGUUUUCCUACCUCCCAUUUUCUUUUCUUGCCCUCAGCCAGAAAAAAAUCUGUGAAAGAUGCAAGGUGCCCAUUCUUGCAUUAAAGCAGUAAGUAAAGUGGAAAAUAAAAAGAACUCCAAACAUAGCUGCUGAAAGGUUCUGAUGUGCAAACAUUUAUGGGAAGUUGAAAAAGUUCCCAAAGUUCUCAUUUAAACUUGAAUAGUGCAGAAAGAUCUAGAACUGAAGUUGCACGGUGAGUCUUUUUGAAGAGCAUCAUAAAAAACAUUUUUUGGUUCUUUACUGUGCAUUUGUAUUAGCGAGGAGACUGCUAUGAAAACCUACAGGCUUUCCAUAUUUACUAAAAAAAAAAGUAAAGCUGACUUUUUGUUUCAUUUGUAAAAGUUAACUGUAAAUUGUUUCUGUUUUCAUGGAAACAAACACCCAUUAUGUUUUCCUAAUGUUUGAAUACAGCUCUUCCAAUAAUAAAUGUUGCAAUAAACAUGUUUUAAUUGCAUUGCA